UAUAUCUUUCCCUCCCCUCAGCGCCUCCAAUAUCGCUUCUUACUCUUAUUACAGUGUUAUUUCUUUAUUGCCUGCGCCUGGGAAUAUCGAAGCGUGCGCUAGAUGCGAUCUGGACCGGUGACACGCAUCGCUUCCCGCAGCAUGCCUUCACGGACAUCCGUGACACUGUCCUCCAGUUCAUAAUCGAUACUGUCGCCGUGUUCUGCUUAUUGAGCGCUGCGAGAAGCCAGACUCAGCAUAACCGCUGCAAUGUGACCGAUCAGCGCAUUUAUUCAGAAAGUCAAAACAAUUACGCGGAUUAAAACGCCUCGGGACACACGAUGAGGAUAACGAUAACUAUGAAGUUCGUUGGCCAUGUCUAAGGUUGCAGGAAAGAAGCUGCACUGGCGCUCCAAAGUGCAGGAGACUUUCAUACCGCUGGUGGGCGGCUCUGGAGAGUUGGGAAUUGCCAUUGGAGGUGGGGCCGAUUAUGGAGAGUUCCCAUUCGUCACCGCUGCACCAGGGGGAGGGAUCACAGUUGGCGAUAUCAUCAUAGAAAUCGGGGGAACUCCUGUUUUGGGCCUGACUUUAGGAGAUGUGCGUGGGCUUCUAAACUCCUGUCCCCAUCCAAUCCGCAUCAAAUCAGUGUCUCCAGGCUCAACUCUAUGCAAGGAUCUAAGGUUAUACCUGAGCAAAUGUUUCACACCGGGUUCAAUGGACAGUCAACUCCAGCAGGUGAUCCGAGAAAACCUCUACUUGAGAGCCGUGCCCUGUACGACUAGACAGCCAAGAGACGGCGAGAUCACGGGAGUUGACUAUAACUUUGUGACCGUUGAGGAGUUCUUCUCGCUGGAGGAGUCGGGGGCGCUGUUGGAGAGCGGAAAGUUCAAAGGGAAUUACUACGGAACCCCUCGUCCGGUUCACAUCGGUCCAGAAAGCCCGCCCAUCACCUAUCAGGAGCACCGCAACCUGCUGAGAAACUUCCGUACCCGUAGCAAGUCCCUCAGCAACCUGGAGAAGGCUGGCGAGGAGGGCGACAACAGUGAGGAGGACUCAGGUCUAUCAGGUGGUUCGGCUGGAGCGAGCAGUGCCCCCGCCCCCACUUCAUCCCCCAGCCAAUCACGAGAGUCAAGCGGAGGAGACGGCAGUGCCUUGGAGAAUGGGCUCGGACCCCGUAGAGGUGCACGGGUGACAGGGUCGGAAAACUGGGAGAUGAUGUACAGUGACUCAGGGAAUGCCUAUUACAAAGACCAUCAUCUAAAGCCAUCCUCUUGGCUUAAUCGCCGAACUCACAGCAGAGAGAAUGUCUGUAUGACAGAAUUGGCAGAGUUUACAGACCAGCCGAGUGAAUUGAGAGGCUUCUCCGUUCACACUCGUUUGGUGAAGGGUCCACGGGGCUUCGGCUUCAACAUAGUGGGAGGCAGCAGGCGGAGGGAGUUCCUGCAGAUUUACAGCAUCACUCCCGGAGGACCUUCAACACUUAACACAGCGGACAUUCUGGUGUACAUCAAUGAUACCUGUGUGCUUGGCUUCUCUCACAAAGAGGUAGUGGAAAUGUUGAAAGCCAUCCCGGUGGGUCACACUGUAGAUGUUGUGGUUCGAAGAGGCUACCCCAUGCUCUAUAACUCUGACGGCUGCCCUAAGAUGCCCAAUUCUAGGCUAACGGCUUCCCAAGACCAGUCACUACAUCUACCUCCACCAACCACCACCCAACCCCAGGCCCAGGCUCCUCUCCCAUACUCACAGCCACACCUCAGCCACAACGGUCCCAUGUGGUCUGAUUUUGAGAGGGAAUCCUCAAGGAAUCUCAGAGUACGGGCAUCAAGGUUCAGUCUGGAUGCUAAUGGUAAUUCACCUCCUAUUGCUUCACCUCAAAGACCUCCAUCAUCAUACCAGUACUCUAACGGGUACGGGAGUGGAUUCCUGAGACCGCCACGCACUGCAAGAAGCAUGAGGAGGUUACAGAGUGCAGAACUAGCCAGCCAGAGUGAUAGUGAGGUGGUGUCUGCGAUUGGAUCACAGAGGGCCUCGGUCAUCCGUAACCACAACAACAACUCUCUCUCCACUCCACCACCUCUACGCCUGUACUCCUUCAAAUCUUCUGAGAGUGACCUUUCCUCAAGUACUCCACCGCCCAUAUCUCGAUUGCCCCUACCCCACACAGAACUAAGUCCGGGUCCUGUUGCUUUCUCUCCAGGAGGAGGAAGGCGCUACUCCCAUCUCCGUAAACCACAGCAUUCACUGCUAACCCCACCUAGCAGUGCCCAUUCAGACGGGCCUUACUUCACCUUCAACGGCACAGCCAGUGCCAGCAGUGGCAGCCCGAACAGCAUUCCUUCACCCGGAGCCAUGAGCGCUGUGAUUGGCAGUGGAGUUGGAGGAAUGGCGGGAAGUGGGGAAUUAGUCCCUGUUGCCUUGGCUAAAUGUGAGAGGGGCAGCAAUAUGGGGUUCAGUGUGACAGCAGGAGGUCAUGGAGGCAGACAGACCCUUGUAAAGAAAGUUUGGGACCACAGACAGUGUAAUGGGCUGCAGUCUGGAGAUGCCAUUGUGAAGAUCAAUGGUGCUGAUGUACAAAGUCUCAGUUUUGCACAGGUCCAAAGGAUUUUGCAAGAACACACUAAAAAAGGAGAGGUUAUUCUGCUGGUUUACAGAGGGGGCACCUCACAUUUCUCCAAUUCCCCUAAUUCUGUGCGGCGACUAACUCCUCCCCCUCCUCGCUCCGCCUCCGACUCUGAAGUCCCUCUUACCGACUCUGUGCCAUUAUCGCGUAACUCUCUCACUCCGCCCUCUCCAGCGCUGGUGCGCUCCUCAUUGGUCCAGAGCACCAGCUUCCUGGAUUCUGUACCUGUCACUCUCACGCUUGAGCCACGUGAUUGGAUGAGUUUGGAGGAAGGAGGGACGGUGCUCAGUCCCAGAGUAAAAACAGAGCAGAAAGAACAACCUGUGCUGCGGGGGUAUGAGGUGGAGCUGAAGAGGAAGCCAGGUGAAGGCUUUGGAUUUGUUAUCGCCUCUCAGGAUGUGGAAAAUGUCAAAGCAGCGUCUCUGCUGCCUCACAGGUUUGUGACGGUACGCAGAGGCAGCCCGGCGGCUCGCAGCGGUCAGAUCAGGCCUGGGGAUCGUCUGGAGGCGGUGGAUGGGAGAUCAGUGGUGAAUUUACCUCACAGAGAACUGGCUCAGAUCCUGAGGAGGGCUGGAAACACACUCCGCUUGACCAUCGUACCCCGCUCCAGCGCUCAUUCCUCAGAGCGAGCAGAUAAUGACUCUGAUUAUAAGAACAAGAAAUCUCACAGGUCAAAACCAAAGCAGGAUGCCACGCGGUACUACAGUGUGGAACUGGAGAGAGGGCCCACUGGAUUCGGCUUUAGUUUGAGAGGAGGAAGUGAAUAUAACAUGGGCCUCUAUGUGCUGGGACUGAUGGAAGGAGGACCGGCCUCACGCAGCCACAAAAUUCAGGUGAGCGAUCAGCUGGUGGAGAUCAAUGGAGACAGUACAACAGGAAUGACUCACAGUCAGGCUGUGGAGCAGAUCCGGACCGGAGGAAGUAGGAUACACCUUGUGUUCAAAAGAGGAAAUGGAUACGUCCCUGACUACGACCGUGAUCACGUCACAGCCGUCUCCUCCUCACCCCAGGCCCUGCAGUCGGGUUUGGCUUCAGUAGGCCGUCGCCGUGCUCAACAGGAUGCCACAUCCAGCGUUCAAAAACCAGGGAAGACCAACAGAGGGCGGAGAGUGCAAAGGGAGAGUGAAAGUGACGGAGGAGACCGCGAGAGCCCUGACAGUCUCGAGGGCAGCAGUCAGGGCAGGGGGCGAAGGUCGAGAGACAAAAGGUCACAGAGCUUGCCUAGAAACACACUAAGAGGACAUAGUGAAGAAAACUUGGAGAGAAGUGUUGAAAGAAAUGGGAGAAAGAAGGAAAAAGGUAACGAGAGAAGGGAAGACAGGUCAGGACGGAGCAAGAGCGAGGAGAGGGUGAGACGGGUGGAGAGAAAGAGCGAAGGAGACAAGAGCAAGAACACACAAACCAUCAAUAACCAGAGACUUCCUGAGCCGAAACUGCAGUGGGAGGAAGAUGAGGAGGAGGACGAGUGGGAGAGAGAGACUGAACAAGAGUGGACGAGAGAGAGAGAAAGGCUGAAAGACAAAGAAUGGGAGAGGGAGGAGAGGAAAUCGGAGAACGACAGGGAAUGGGAAAGAGAAAAUGAGAGUAUGACGAAUAAGGAAGAGCUUGAGUGGGAGCUGAACAAAAAAACUGAGGGAGAGAUUCCAGAUAAUUUGAAUGGGGAGCAAGAAACGAGUUUCCAUAAGCGCCUGCGUUCUAUGGGCGUCCGUGUGCUACCUUCAGACAUUCAGCCCCGCACACUUCGACCCUUAUCUGGCCUCUCAUCGGAAAGGCCGACAGGGGACGUUGAGUUAAAUCAGACCCCGUUUGCUUUCCUCACGUCUCAGCCGUCCGACUAUGCAGAGUCCGAGUCAGGAGCCAGUGUCUCUGAGUGUAGCAUUUCUGCAGCCAGUAUUUCUGGUCUCUCUGUGUAUCUGAAUGAAAGGCAUAACCCAAAAACCACACAAAGGGCCCCGGGGCCUCCACUUCCUGGCCCCUGGCUAAAACCCAGCUCACAGAGAAUCAUUAGAGAGCCUGAUAGGAUACGAAUGGUAGGGAAAGGUAGAGGAACAGAAACAUGAUUUAUAAUCUCUUUUACUGUUGAAACAGAUGGGUUUUUUUUUCCGUUUUGUGACAUACAUCUGAGUGAAGCAGAUUAUUAAAAGAAAAAAAUGAAGGCCGGAGACUUGGUUCUGUUUAACCAUUGUUGAUUGGAUGGAGGCAGAUCUGAAUGCAAGCUUGCAGUCGAUUAUAAGAAAGCAGUGAGGUUUAAAUGGACUAAAUGAUUGGGGAAAUCCAUACGACAGCAGAGAGAAGUCUAUUGUUUCACUGGAAGAUCGAGUUAUGACAUUUUAAAUAAAAAUUACGAGGUCUAAAACUUUUUAUUUUUUUUAAAUUAAACAUGCACGGAUUAAUUUUUCACUAUAAAUUUAGUAGAGCUGUUCUGUUCUUCUUUCGAUAUGGCCACUAAGCAGUUUACAAACAUUUACAUUUAUUCAUUUAGCAGGCGAUUUAAAAGUGAGGGGAAAAAAAUUAGUGCUAGCAAUAUUAAUAGUACACAAUGGUAAGUUGCCAAGUUUAAAGUAUAAGUAGUUUAGUGCACAACCAUCCAGAACAUAGAAACACAUUAAACAGCUUUUUGAUAAUGAUGAGUUUUGCUAUACCACUUUUUUCUCUGCUCAUUUAAGCAAUUUUUGAACACUCCCACUCCAGUUUGCUCUCUCAAGCCUAUCUCUCUUCUUCUCUUCCACUUUGUCCUCCACAAAGAAGGUCUGCUGUGAUCAACAAAACAUCUUUUACUUUUCUGCCAGACUGUUUGUUCAGUAUGUUGACUUUGUAAACAGCAAAAUGAUCAUGCUUAGGGCCAAAUAUCCUCAUUAUCCUUCACGGUAGCUCGAGUCCACUUCUUACCUUUAGCACAGCUGUUUUUCUCUUCAGUACCACUGUGUGAACUCUCUUUAAUCUUUAACAAUACUCCAGAUAAACCAUGGAAAGAUGAUAUGAUUACAUUUCUACAGAGCAAAUAUUGAAUGAUGAUUACACACUACCUUUCAAAAGUUUGGGGUCAGUAGGUCACAGGAUAAAUUACAUUUUAAAAUAUAUUAAAAUAGAAAACAGUUAUUUUAAAUUGUAAUAAUAUUUCACAAUAUGUCUGUUUUUACUGUAUUUUUAAUCAAAUAAAUGCAGCCUUAUCGAGCACAAGAGACAUUAAACAUUAAAAAAAUCUUAGACCCCAAACUUUUGAACAACCCAAGAUUUCAUGUUCGAAACAUUAACUUUAAACAAUUUGUGCAACACUGCUAAGCUUUUUUCCCCUUCAAAUAAUCAUUAAGUUCUCUGCUAAACUGCAUUUUAAGGAUGAUUGUAUAAUUCAGCAUUCUUGUGAAUGGUGUGUAAACAUGUAAACUUAAACUAUUAAGAGGACAUAUUUGUCACACUCCAAUAGGAGUUUCCCCUGAAACCAUUAUAAUAAUGACAUUUAUGUUUUGUUAUUCAUGCAUUUAUAUAUAAAUUAUUAUUAUUAUAUUCAUCUUGUGCCCUCUGGGUCUCUGACAUCUCAGGAAGCAGAUAUAUAAACUGUAUUUUUUAUUAUUAUUAUUAUUAUUAGGCCCCAUAUACACCUUCAAAAUGCCCCUUAUUGCCUUUGUAAAGACUCUUCUGCUGACCUUGGUCUCUGUGACCUCAGAAAUCUCUAUUAAGUAAGAAUGAAAUGUCAUGAUUCAUAUUUUUAAAGGUUUUCUUUUGAGUUUUUCUUUUAUGCCAUUUACAAGAAAAAUAAUAUAUUGAUUAUAUAUGGAUGCAUUUCCUGCAGCUAUUAAAGUAUGAUUAACACAAAUACAAAGAUUAACUCUCUCAAUCCAACUUCUGUAAAGAGAAUAUACAGUUUAUAUGAAUAUCAUAUGAAGUAUCUGUAUUUAUUUGAAAUAUAAAGAGUAAUUAAUAGAAAGGACAAAGAGAUGCUUUCUGCUCUUGGCAGUUUUGUCCCCGUCAACCCAAAAAGGACUAUUGUGCUGAACAUUUGUACUGAAAAUAUAAGUUGGAUGCAAUAUUGAGUGGCAUUGUGCCAAGCCUGAAAAACCUCUUUAGUUUAAUGCACUAGGGUCUUUCUCUUUAUCUUUAUUGGUGAAAGCUUGCUAGUAAAAGUGAGAGAGAGGUUGACUGUAUUAUGCGCUUGUUAACUGUAGAUAUACUGAUGAUAUUUUAGCAUUUAACCUAAGAACUGUGCCUACUACUUAUCAGUUGUUUUCCUUCAUUCAUUUUUUGCUGAUCAUUAAGUUUCUAAUCUGUCAUCAAACCCAAAUAUCACCCAAUAUUGUUCAUUCUGUGUGUCAUACUCUCUAGCAGAACUUGUACGCACAUUUAAACUAUGCAUAAGGCGUUGUUGUUUUAGAUCAUUGGUACAGCAGUGUAUUCUGUGCAGCCCAGCAGGUCUGGGAUCAAGAUGAAGUCAGUCUGUUGUUGGUGGUCCAUGCAUCUUUAAACAUAUCAUAAUAUUCAGAGUAUGAGCCAAUGCCACAUAAGCUUUCACUAACAAAUCCUACGCCACUAUAUUUAUUACAUGUUGAAUCCGAAGGGUCCAUUUUAGAGUCUCACAUUGUCUUUAUGUCCAUACUAAUGUCUAUGGCCAUAUGUACCGAUUGUAAAUAUAUAAAUAUAAAUAUAUUAUUAUAAUUAUAUAUACAUAUAAUAUUAUGUUUCUAUUAUGAUUAUAUUGUUAUAAUCUAUUGUAACCCAAAUGCAGGUAACAAAUUAUAUAUAAGAGUUAUAAUAAACAUUAAUGUAUCUACCUGA